UCGGCCGCACUGUCCACCAGGAGGAACUCAAUCAAAAGAAUAAAAUUCGUAAUUCUCACCUUCGCUCCGCAUUAUCUUGUCCCGCAACAUCCGGUUUUCCCCGUUUUCCAAAUUUCCCGAGGCGUCGGUCCAAUCCUGCCCAGAAACUCCCAAUUUGGAAACCCCCGGAGAAGCCAAGAAUCCCAGGCAAUGAAAUCCCACAAGUGAAUCGCAUCAAAAUCCGAAAGUCGCGUGCGUGAUUCCGUUCGAUAUCGGUCGUUAUAUAGCCGCCAUAUAAUCGGGACAUGAUGAGCGGCGGGUACAAGGAGUACGCCAAAUUCAAGUACUACAUGGAGAACUGCUACGUGCUGCCGCUGGAGCUGAAAAAUGAUAUUAUCUACUGCCAGCGUGCGAUGCGCGACUUCCUCAAGGUCCACGGGUUGGUCUCGGACGUCUUCAAGGAGCAGGCGGAUGCGGAUCCCGUGCAGAUGCGCCGCAUCUUGGACGAACUGGAGGAGGAGGUGUACGAGAUCAAUGCCGAGCAGCAGUUCCUACUGCUCCGCCUGAACGAUGACCUGGAGGGAUUCUACAUGAAACUGAAGGAGAACAACAUUGCCAGCCUGCCGGAAUUCGCCAACGAGUUCGUUUCCGGCCAGAUAGUGCCUUUGAUAGCCGAUCCCAGCUACAAGAUCAGUCCGCAGUCGGUGAUGAAUCGGGACAACGAGGAGAUGCUCAUCCGCAAGCACUUCCUGUUGAGCCAGGACGACGAAGCGGGUGUGCCGCCGCUGAAGCUGAGCGAUCUGGACGAGAAUAUACCGCUGAUGCUGGCUCCGCCGGUUAGGGGCCUUGGCCAGCAGAUCGCAGCCGUUCAUCCGCAGGCCAGCUGGCCCAAAAUCGAGGAGAUGCCGGUGCCAGCGCCGCCCCCACUUCAAUCGCAGUCGGAGAUGAUGAAACGGACGCUGGAUGCGAUGCCGCUCAAGCGGAAGACUGUCACCUGCACCUCACCGCCGCCCUUGGCGCCCAUUACCCAAACAGUGGUGGUUCCUCCGGUAGCGGCAUCGGUAUCGCUACCUGUACCACCAAUUCCACCGCCACAGCCACCCAAUCCCCCCCUGGACUUCGAGGUGGUGGCCCAGAGCAGAAAGAACCUGCACCAGGCCUUAAAGCGGGCCAGGAAGACCAAGCAGCAGCCCCGUUUGUUCGACGAAGAGGAGGACUUGGAGAUCACCAGUCUGGAGACGAGUCGAAAGAACAAAUCCAGCGAGGGCAGGAAGUCACCGCCUCCGCUGGAGAUGACCAAUACUGCCGCCAACCAGGCGGUUAAUGCCGCCUUGGCCAAGAAAUCGACGGCACCGUUGCCGCUGCAGGGGCCGUCGAAGAACUCGUAUAAGACCAGAAACACUCGCAGAAAAUCCUCGCCAACACUCUCAGCGAAUUCACAGCCGCAGGCGCAGCAGCAGGCGCAGUCACAGUCUCAGCCUGCAGGCUCGCCAUCCGGCAGCUCUGAUGAUUCCAGUGCGGAACUGCAGCAGGAGCAGCAACGGCUCUUCGCAUCCGCCGCCCAGUGGCGCGAUGAGCCGCGCGAGAGUCGCAUCCUGCCGACGGAAUACGGCCAGGAGACGUUCCUCGGCCUCUUUGGCCUCUACACGCCGGAAGUGCUCAAGAAGCUCAACCAGCGCCACUCGAAACGCAAGCGCCGCACCGUACAGAAUGCCAGCGGUGUGGACUUCCACUAUGGCCAGCAGCUGAAUGCCAUGGACACGCUGGUCCUGGGCGUUCGCGGCCACAAAAAGGCCAAGGACAAGCCCGAGUUCCUGCUGUCGCCGAAGGAGAAGCGUCUGCAAGCCAACUCGAAGAGGGCGUACACGCGCAAGAGCAAAUCGCCGGACAAGGUUACGGAUAAGAUUACCACAGGCGGAGCAGGAGGAUCUGUGGAUUCACCCUGCCAGCAUGGCGAGGGCGGCGCCUCCAAGUGCCGAAAGUGCAGCGAGUGCAGGGAGUGCAAGCGGCGAGUGGAGCGCGAAGCGAUGUACUGCCAUUUUUGCACUGGCUUAUUCCACCUGGAAUGCCACGAGUCGACCAAAAAUCGCCAGCAAAUGCAGCUCCAGAACUCUCGCUGUCCGCCGUGUUUGCGCGAGCAGAUGGAUAAAAUGCGGGAUUCCAAGUGAACGGAAUACCAAUUUUUUUGUUCUGGUUUCCAGCUGGAAACCGCAAGUUGUUGGAUAAAUAAGUUGGCGCCUCAGUCCAAUGGACAUGGGCAUUUAUUAGACGCCUCCCUUCGUUUCCCUAUAAGCUCACCACUUGUCGUUCGACCUUAACCCAUUUCUUUUAUAUUUUUUGGAGCAAGGGCGAGGGAUAACCUUAAUUUGAAUUUUUUUUUCCUACAUUUUCGCAUUACAGAAUGCCUCUUAGUUAAGUUUGUAUGUAAAUGUGCAUACGCAAGUGAUUAAAAUAAAUAUAUAAAUAUUAUAUUGUUUCUUUCGAAUAAUAAACAAGCUUGUGUCGUUUCUUUGUGCGACAUGUUGAUAGCCGAUUGACCCCCUUUGAGAUUUGGGCGGGGUUUCCGACGCCCGAUCACGUUCAUCAAGCAUGGCUUGAUUUUAUAUGGUACAUGCGAUGGUGUGCUUUGUUUUUCUUUCUCCAUAACCUUCUAAUUUGUAAUUCUGAAGCGUAGCUUAUUUUAAAAUAAAAUAUAGUACAUGCGA